AUGAACUUUGUUAAUUUUAAAGUAACAGAAGCAGGUUUAACUGUAACUUACUCUGAUGGCAACAAGUCAAAUCAUCCCGACACGAAUCAAAAACCAGACGAAAAUGGUGCCGUUUUCUUCUAUAAGUUAGUUGCCAAAGAUGAGCAUAAAGCUACUCUAUAUGCUACAAAACUCGGUAAUGCACUCGGUAGUGCGUUGGAAGCACAAGGAAUCAAAGUUCCAAAUGCUAUUUUAAAUGAUUUACCUGACAGUUAUGCGUUAUAUGAACGCGUUAAACAAUAUCCACCAGACGAAUCGGGUAAUGCUAAACCCAUAAGAAAAGACGCAUAUUUGUUUGGUAAUGGUUCAAAAUACCGUUCGCCUGCCGAAUUUGAAGAACAUCUCUUAUGGUUAGCUUCAGAUAAGACUUCUUCCUGUAAAUGCAGAUACUGUGACAAAGAAUGGAAUCUAGGCUUGAAUGCGGGCUCAACUCCGCGCAGAAAAAAUGAAUUGGAUCCUUAUCUUAAAAAGACAACUAAAUCAAAUGUACUUCAGAAUGAAACUUUAAACUUGACAUCAACAUCUAACUUAAAAGUACAUAAAGUCGAAACUACAACAAAAACAUCUUUAUUGCAAGAGGAAAAACCUAAAAAGUUAAAGAAACUCAUUAGUAUGUAUCGUUGCGAAGAAAUUGUUUGGGGCGAAAUAGAAUAUUUAUUGAGUUCAAGUCAAUAUGAGUCCCUGUUUGAAGAGGUCGGAGAUGAUCAGAUAAAGUACUGGCCAGCAUUGAUUCAUCAACGAUUAAAGGAACCAAAUGAUAGUGGAUUUGAAAUAUUAUAUGCCUUGAAGCCAUUGAUGUUACCCAAUACGAUAAAAUUACCAUACGAAUCUAUUUUACCAUGGCUAGCCUACGAUGCUUCGAAUUCAACACAGGCGAUUGAAAAGGCAAUAUAUAAUGAUAGCCAAAUUUAUUUACAAAGGAAUACGAAACGUGGUGAGUUAGCCAGUGCUUACCUUAAAGCUAUUAAACGGGCAAAAGAGGUUGCUUCAAUAUUCACCGUAUCACAGCAAUACAAGUAUACUAUAGAACAUUCAUUCUUCGCAAAAAUUGAGAGUGCGAGUGAAAAGAGAUUAUUACAGCAAAUGGUAACAUAUCCACAUUACAGAAAAAUUUUAUUAGGCACCGAAGUAUUGCGGGAAGAUGAUUAUGUUCGUUUGACACGUGCUUCAUAUAAUUCUAGCGACAAAUUGCCAAUUUUUAGAAUAAAUACAAUUUUUUUAAAUGCUCUAAAUAAAAUUCAACUAAGCGGUGAGAUGUUCAUCAGAGGUCUACCGAAGAAUGGUGAGAAUGUGCCAACAUUAAUUCGAAUGAAUAAAGAAAAGGUCGAAUAUAUAAUAGAUUUAUCCGAAAUUGCUGGGCGGUACUACAAACUGCACCCAGACAUCACCCGUAGUAUGUCUGUUAGUAUUCCAGUGUCAUAUUCUGAUCGGAAAACAUUAAUUGAUGAAGCUUUAAAACGGAAUGUAUCUGAAACUGGUCCAAGGAAACAAAUGGCCAAACGAUCAAUGGCAUUACCGCCAUUGCCGUCUUCAAAUAGUAAGAAGAUCAAGGCCAAUGAUGAUGGAUCAAUUUCACAUGUAAUUCAUGGUGAUACAACGGUUUCUAAUACUUUUGUUCAAAAUAAAUCUCAAGAAUCGAAUAUUUCUAUAUCUUCCACACCGAUCGCCUCAGUCAUUCCUGCUUCUUCCGUUACCCAUGCUGCUUCUGUUACCCCUGCUGCUUCUGUUACUUCUAUUCCUGUUAUCCCUGCCACCUCA